AUGUGCGCGUUUAAAAACGUGUCGAGAGUGGAGCGACGAGGCGACGGGCUGGUGGUGCGGUUGAUCAAGCGCGACGGGGACGUGGUCGAGCUCACGGGACAGACGGUGGCGCAGGCGGCGAUGUGGGAGCGCGGGCUGGCGAUCGUCGUGCGGGAGUACGCGGAGAGCGCGGGGGCGAACCAAGCGCUGGAGGCGGUGGACGACGACGACGCGGAGAGCAACCUAGACGACACCGACGACGACGACGACGUCGGGGGCGCGCGACUCGAGCGCGGACGCGCGAACUCGGCGUCUCAAGCGCGAGCGUUCGUUCCGGAACCGUCGACGCCCACGCGCGCGGGCGCCGUCGGCGCCAACGACGGACACGUGAUGAUUUCCGUUUCGCCCGAGGCGAGCCCGUCGAGUCGGCGCGCGGCUCGUCGCGAAGACCUCGGCGUGCCGAAUUUCGGCGAAGACGAAAGUCUGACGAAUAAAACCGCGUCGAACGCGCGACGGCCGCUGCUGCAAACCCAGGGUGGGGUGGACGAGCUCGCCACGCAGUUUAGAAAUCAAGCGCGUCUGACGAGGUGCGACAUCUCAGACAUCGGAUCGGAGCGUUCGAGCGACCGCUCCGACUUCUCGGACGACGACGGAGGCAGCUCUUGGGGAGGUUCGAGCGCGGGUGGCGACGCGCUGGUGAUCGAGGCAUUCAGUCGCGCCCGUCACGGUCGCGUGAAGGAGUUGCAAAAGUUGUUCGCCUCGGGCGUCGAUCCGAGAGUUCGCGACGGCAACGGGCUGACCCUGUUGCACAUCGCGUGUCAAAACAAUCAGCGACGGUCGGCGAAAUUGGUGCUGAAGAGCACGGAUUAUAAAUCAAAGCCGCCGAGGUUGGAACUCAUCGACGCUCAAACGAACAACGGGCACACCGGUUUGCACUUUUGUUUCGCUUACGGCUAUCAGGCGCUCGGCGAGUACUUACUCUCGCUCGGGGCCUCGGACACGAUCACGAAUGUUCACGGCCUGUGCUGUUACGAAGGGCUCGAACCGAACGACGCGCGCGAAACGCUCACCACGCCGGAGAUGAAGGCGCGCGCGCACGAGUCUCGAAUGCAGCGUUGGAUCGAGUCGCAGCGUCCGGGCGCCAACCACGACGGCUAUCCUCGAGGCGUACCAUCUUCGAGUCGCAGCGUCGCGUCCGCGGACGCGUUUACUCGAGCGGACUCUUUCGGUGGACACGACGUCCCGCGACAACGAAGCGAACCCGGCGGCUACGUCGCGCGCAGCCGCUCGAAUAGUGAAUACAGCGACGAUAGAUCGCACGCCUCGUACGAUUCCUCAGGGUACCCGCGCGGACCGCCGAGCGCGCACGGGCAUCCGCCUCCGAUGCAGCCGUACGGUGUGCCACAGCCGUACAUGGCGAUGCCCUACGCGUACGCGGCGCCGAUGAUGCCGAUGCAUCCCAUGUACAUGGCGGCGCAAUAUCCAGGCAUGCCUCCACCUCCUGGAUAUCAUCAUCCAGGGGGUUACGACGAUCGAUAUGACGACCGGGACAGACGGCGACGCGAUCGCUCGCGAGACAGAUCACCGCGACGGCGUCGCUCGCGCGACCGUUCGCGAGAUCGUAGUCGUCGCUCGCGCGACCGUUCGUCUCGCGGCGGAUCGCGACGAUCGCUCGGUGACCGCUCAGAUUCGUUAGAGAGCGGGGAAGAGCGCGUCGGCAUCCAUCGCACGUCGUCUCGACGAUCGAGCAAAGCGACGACACCGAAACGUCGACCCGCAAAGGUUGACGUCAUCGAGGCGACGCGCGGAUUGGACGGCGAAGCGUUUACGGCGCGCGCGAGCGCUGGAUAUUAUAGCAGCGACGGCUGAC